AUGAAUAAACUAAGUAAGCGAGCUUUGAGAUCACAAUUGAAGUCCAUACUGCGUGAUAUCCCGCAGAAGGAACUAGAGAUUCAAUCAGCAAACAUUUUACACUCGCUUAAGCCCUUACUCGCCGGUAAUGCCAAUGUUGGUUGUUUCAUGAAUAUGGAAAAUGCUGAAGUCAAAACGAUGCCAAUAAUGCAGUUUUUGAUCGAACAUAACACUCAAGUAUAUUUACCGAGAUGCACCAACACUUCCCAGAGCAAGCACGUGGUACUCAGACCUGGCAUCAACUCGCACGCGCAUCUGACGUUCCACCGUAUGAACUCCUUCAGCCAAAUAACUGCACUACAUCCUUCAGGCAAGUAUCAGCUAAAGGAACCAGCACCCGAGGAACCACAUCCGCUCCCACCUCAUCUAGAUAUUCUUCUGGUGCCGGGAGUCGCAUUCUGCCUGAAGAAUGGAGCCCGUAUGGGCCACGGGGCCGGGUUUUAUGAUGACUAUAUUCAGCGUACUUUUCACCAUAAUGGACGGAAGCCAAUACUAAUAGGUCUUGCUCUGAACGAGCAGAUUGUGGAUGACAUACCAUUGGAAACGCACGAUCACCACAUGGACUGCAUUGUAUGCGGAGAUGGAUCAGUACACUGGUUUCAAAAUGGAUCAAAACGAAGCUGA